AGAAGACGGAGAAGGACCUGCGCGCGGCGGUUCCUAAGGCCGCGGAGGAGGCAAUGGCCGUGGGAGUCUGGGCCUUGCGGCUCUGGCGGGCCGCCCCCGGCGGCGGGGCUGGCUGGAGAUUUAUAGCAACAUCACCUGCUUCUCAGCUGUCACCGACCGAACUGACAGAAAUGCAGAAUGAUCUAUUUAACAAAGAGAAAAAUAGGCAGCUAUCAUUAACUCCCCGAACUGAGAAGAUUGAAGUUAAGCACGUUGGGAAAGCUGACCCUGGCACUGUCUUUGUCAUGAAUAAAAACAUUUCAACCCCUUAUAGUUGUGCCAUGCAUUUAAGUGAGUGGUACUGCAGGAAGUCCAUUCUGGCUCUUGUGGACGGACAGCCUUGGGACAUGUAUAAGCCUUUGACCAAGUCAUGUGAAAUUAAAUUUCUUACUUUCAAAGAUGAUGAUCCAGGAGAAGUCAAUAAGGCUUAUUGGCGUUCUUGUGCCAUGAUGAUGGGCUGUGUGAUAGAGAGGGCAUUCAAAGAUGAAUAUGUGGUCAGUUUGGUCAGAGCUCCAGAAGUUCCAGUAAUCACUGGAGCCUUCUGCUAUGAUGUAGUUUUGGAUAAGAGACUUGAUGAGUGGAUGCCAACAAAAGAGAACCUAUGUUCCUUCACAAAAGAUGCUCGUGCUUUAAUUUAUAAAGAUCUUCCAUUUGAAACUCUGGAAGUUGAAGCAAAAGUGGCGUUAGAAAUAUUUCAACACAAUAAGUACAAAUUGGAUUUCAUAGAAGAGAAGGCAUCUCAGAACCCUGAGAGAAUAGUCAAGCUACACAGAUUUGGUGACUUCAUUGAUGUGAGUGAGGGCCCUCUUAUUCCAAGAACAAGUAUUUGUUUCCAGUACGAAGUGUCAGCAGUUCAUAAUCUUCAAGCCACCCAGUCGAGUCUUGUACGAAGAUUCCAGGGUCUCUCUUUACCUGUGCACUUAAGAGCACAUUUUACGAUAUGGAAUAAACUAUUGGAAAGGUCUCGGAAAAUGGUGUUUUUUGACAACAUGUAACUGAAGAUCAAACUCAGCCUACAGAGGAAAGUACAUCUGCCUAGUAACUUCCUCAAAUUUAGAUAUGUAGAGUAAAUUAAAAUAAAAGUUUU